AUGUAAAUGCUAAUAAAAUUUAAAUUAUAAAUCUUAAUUUGGAUUCUCACUAAUAUUUCAAUAACUUAAGCUUAAAUUAUUUAUACUGAUGAGGUUCCUUUUGUAUUUUAUGCCAACCUUUAAGUCUUUCCAACACCUUCUUCUUCUCUUGUAGAUUAUUCUUCUAAACAAUUCAAAGCUAUUCCUGAUAUUAUUGUAGGAAUUUAAAGCUAUCGCUAUAGCAAGUCUACUGGAACUUCUUUUCAGUUAUAGGUGUCUAAUAAAUCAAAAACAUCAUGUUAAAUUUCUAGUUUAGAUAAUAUUGGUAUUUAAGAACUUAAUGUUUCUAUUUUAGCAAUAGAUAAAACUAAUUUUCCUAAUAUUUAAGUUAUUGAGAAAACUUCAUAAAAUAUAUUUUAAGGAUAGAAUUCGAACGUAUUAUAUGAAGAAAUUAUAGAAUUUUCUUCAUCUAUUUAAUAAGCAAAGGGAAAUAAACAAGCAAUAGUCAUACUGAAUAGUUGGAUAAGCUCAACAACUGGCUCGACAGCAUUUUCUCUAUCAAUUAAUACACUAAUUAUUAAUGAUUAAUAUUAUAAAAUAUAAAUUAAAAAAAAACAAACAAGUUAAAUGAUAACUAGCGUAACUUAUACUAUUAUAGAAUACAGUUAAGAUUCUCAAAACAGUAUUUAUAAUAUACUCUCUUAUUAUGAUACAUCACUUGCAUAAAUACCAGAUAUAAGGUAUCAAAAUAUUUUUAUUGCUUUUAGUAAAUUUGAUUAUUUAACACUUAUCUAGAAAGACUCAGAUCCAUAUAUUGAAUUAUCAACUUAUGCUAUUCAAACUAAUGGAUAAUUUUCCUUCAGUUAUUUUGUAAAAAAUAAAUCAAAAUUUUCUGGAGUUACUUCAACUGCAAUAUAUUUCUAUUAAAAAAAGUGUCUUCAAAGUAAUCAGAAAUUACAAGGAAAUCAAUGCAUAAAUGACUGUAUAAAUUUAGACCCUCUAUAGCCACUAUUUUGCCUAGAUUGCUAAAUUGGGUAAUACUUUUUAUAAGACUUAAAGAUAUGUUAAUCUAUAGAACCUUCCUCUUCAUAUCUGUGCUAUCCUGAAAAAAAUUAUUAAACAUGUGUUUUAUGCAAUUCUAUUUAGAAGUGCGUCAAAUGUUAAAUGAACUUAAAUUAAUUGGAAUGCGUUUUGUGUGAAUAAAAUUAUUAUGUUUACAAAGGUACUUGCUAACCUUCUGUAAGCUCAUCAAGUAGUAUUUCAGAUACCGCUAACGCUGCAGUUGCUAUUUCAGUAGUUUCUUCUACACAAGGUUCAAAUUUCAUGUUUUUAACUCUAUAAAAGUUGAAUUUACUGUACAUGAUAAAUAUUCUUAUGACUUCUGAACUUACAAUUUUGAUAGAUUAAAUUAAAGGAACUAAUCCUCUUAGCUACUUUUAAACUAUAAAUAUUUUCGAUAAGCAUAUAUUGAUAGAAUCUUCUUAAUAAUUAGCAAACUAGUAAAUCACUAAUAAAGAAUUUUAGACUAGUCUUUUGGUUAAUGGAGGAGUAAGUGAUAUAAAUUUAGAUGAUAAUAAACAUGUAAUAAGUGAGAUAAAUUUAGAUAAUGAUUAACUAUGA